AUGUUGAAUUAUCUCUACCUACGAGUGUUAAAUAUUAAAUAACAAAUUAAUUGGCAACCCAAUCUAAACCGACCAGAUUUUCUUUGUAAACUAUAUAUUUUCCCAUAUAACAUUUAUUUUUAUCAAAUUAUGUCGAAAGUAUACAAAACUGCGGUUUUAAUUGCUGAUAAAUACGUGCCUCAAAAGCUACGACCCUUAUGGGAACAUGAAGCAGGUCCUAAAACAAUAUUUUUCUGGGCUCCUGCAUUUAAAUGGGGCUUGGUGAUGGCCGGUUUGGGUGAUUUAACGAGGCCUGUGGAGACCCUCUCCAUUCCACAGUCUGCAUCCCUUGCGGCUACGGGUAUCAUUUGGUCGCGGUAUUCACUUGUCAUAAUACCAAAGAACUACAGCCUGUUUGCUGUAAAUGUAUUUGUUGCUAUAACAAGUCUGUAUCAAAUAGGAAGAGCUUACAAUUUUCAAAAACAGCCAAAUAAAAAGGCAGACAAUUAAUACAUGAUCUAUUCAUACAUGAAUAAUGAUUACUAUUUGAUAGUAAAAAUAGAAAUAUUAAUAAUAAUUAUUCUUUCAAGGAGUGAUACCAAGUGUUAGUAAAUUGUUGAUUAGUUGGUAGUUUUAGGUGAAAAUCUCAGUGGGUAGUAUAAAAUUGACUCAACCUGUUCAGGUUGUUUCAAGAAUAGUAUAUUUACUAUAUAGGCUAUAAUUUAUAAGGUUACAGCAAUAUCAUAUUGUAUGUCAUUCUUUAUAAUAUACAUGAAUUUACACCAUGUAUUACUCUAGUUUUUGUUGAAUUUGGUGUACAAAUAUUAUGUUCCAUAUAAAAAUAACAUUAACAAUUUUACUUGAAUGUCUUUAGCCAUUUGUUGCAUGGGUUGAAAGAUCUUUCUUGGCCCCAACCUAUGCCUAAAUAAUUGAACCUCAUAACAUAAAAAAUUGGAUUUACUCCAGUCAGUUUUCAGUAUAGUUGAAUUACAUUGUGUCAAAUUUGGCCUAAACUGUAUAUACAGUUGAUAUCAAUGAAAGUGAUUGUUCAAAUCAAAAACAUAAUUUGACUAUAUAGAACAUGUGACAGCCACUAACACUUCUGAAUUGAAGAAUAUGUAGAUGUUAUAUCUAAGUGGUGCUCAAUCAGUUUAAAAUGGUUAUUUUAGUCUGUGAUAAUAAUUAUACAUUUUAAUAGGAAUUAUUAUUUAGUGAAGAUAAUAUUGUCUUGUAUUUUACACUAUAUGGUAAGUUAUUGAAUGAAAGUUGUUCAAUCUAUUUUUUAUUUUAUUUAUAUGGGAAAUGUAUAACAUACAAAUCCUAAUGAUUUUAUUAUGUGUCAAUAACAAUCAUAUAAAUUGAUAAUCAUGUAAAUAAUGUUAAUUAAAUGAGUAUCCAGAAAUGAUGACUAUUUUUGUAACCUUUUUCAAUUAGAAAAUAUAUUUACUGUUUUAA